AUGUUGAGUAUGGAAGAUGUGAAGGGAGAGGAGGGGGAGAGGAGCUCCAGCCAGUGGAACAGGAUCAGCAUGCUGCAAAAUAGCACUGACUACGAGCUCACCCUCUGCAAGAGUAAGUCUACCAUUGGUGUCUUCCUCCUCGCAGCGACGAAUACUUUUCUACGUGUCAUUCAUUUCAAAUUCGGCUCUCAUUAUGGCGAAUACGUCAAUACUGAAAGCGAGGGAACACAGAAGAUCCUGGUCGAUAACGAAAACAAAGACACGUUUAUCUACAUACACAGCACUAAAUGGUUUGAUCUCUAUGAAUACACCACAUUGACCCUGAUGGAGUUUGCCGAUAAACACAAGGAUAUCCUCAAGGAUGUUUCCAAGAUCCUGGGGUGGCUGGCAAACGUGAGCAGCGUGGGCAAAUCCGAUAUGGAGCAACUGAAGGCCAAAUUUGACGACCUGAAACUCUAA